AUGUCUGCUGCGGAGCCCCAAGCUGCUACUGCCGCUGUCGACAAGCCGCUUGGCAUGCGAAAGAAUGGCAAGCAAUGGCACGAGACGAAGAAGGCAUUUAGGCCGACGUCAGGCCUGACUUCCUACGAGAAGCGCGCCAAGGAGCGCGUCGCAAUGGCGGCGAUGAAGGCUAAGGAGAAGGAGAUGAAAGACGAGAAGGAGGCAGAGCGCAAGCAAAAAGUCCAGGCUAUCAAGGACAGAAGAGCCGCCAAGGAAGAGAAGGAGCGAUACGAGAAGAUGGCUGAGAAGAUGCACAAGAAGCGUGUAGAAAGACUCAAAAGGAAGGAGAAGCGAAACAAGCUCAUCAAUUCAUGA